AUGAAGUUCGGUUCUGAAAUGAAUGACCGCUCUAUUGAGCGCCGUUCCUCGAGUUCGAUUUCUUUGUCUUCUACCGUCUCCAGAUCUGGUAGUACAGAUACUUCUGUCAAUGGUGCUUCACGAAAGGGUCAUUUAGAAAGGCGCCAGAAGCGAUACUUGAAGGACUUGUAUGCGGCUUUCAAAGAACAGAUCAAUUUUGUUUCUCUCUUUGUCAAUUCAAAGUACGGUGAGAUAUCCAGAAGAAUUUUGGCAACAAAGAAGCAGCUGAAUGCUUUCAUAAACUCAGAAGAUAAUUAUAGCUCUUUGCAUGUGAGCGAAGACAUAUACCAGAGGAUGACGGCACAUAAGUUUUUGACCAUUCACAAAGAGUUGGAGAUACUCUCAACAGAUUUACAGGAUUUAUCAAGAUUCAUUCUUCUUCAAAAGAUUGCUCUCAAAAAGUUGUUUAAGAAGUUCCUCAAGCAUUCCAUGUACACAUACAAACAAGAGUUGGUUGAUAAGAUCACCUCGGAGUUCCUCGUAGGCAAUCCUGAUUCCUUUUUCGAACUGGAUCUGAGUGAUGCGGCUAUGGAAUUAACCCUUCUUUUUGAUGUCGUCAACAACUACUAUUAUGAUGGCACUGCUCUUGAUUCAAAUGGACUACAAAGCAUCAAAAAGAGGUAUUAUCAUUCAAACAAAGCCGUUGAUCGGCAGCUGGUGUUUGGGUCUUCUCCUUCAUCCUUGCUAUCCAUAGAUUUUCCUCAAUCUAUUGAGGUAGCUUCUGAUCCUAAGUUGGACAGAAUGUACUCUUCUAGGGUCACUGCUUUUGAUAUUGUUAGUCAUAAAAAGGCACCAGUGUCGCAGGUGUUUUGGAUUCACAAUGACAACCUUGCCGAGAUUCGCUUUCUCUUGCUUCGUGAAUUUAAGCUUAUAUCUGAUGAUACCGGUAUCGUCGAUGAAGAUACCAAAGUUCAGAGUGCUCACCAGUUGAAGAAAACAGAGUCUUCACUCAACUUGAUGCGAAAUCAGGAACGGAAUUCUCAAACAAUUGGCGUGGGCAGCAGUGAAGAUGCUUGUGAGAGUAUGUUCCGUCCAGAUACGCAAAGGGUGUCAUUUUGGCUUGCAAAUCUAGCAAACCCAAAAAUGACUGCUACAAGGGCUUUGUCCUCCAACGAAGUCAUUGAUAGCGCUUCCGCUGCGUCUGCAGCUUCCGACUUCAGCAACAAAGAAAGUCGCGGAGAUAUAUACCCCUGCGAUAUUGCUCCGCAGGUGACCUACUCGGACUUCACCAUCCAAAAUGUACCGCUCAUUAUUGCUCCUCUUGGCGGACUUCGUCAAUUCACCUUAGCGCCCAUUAAUCAAGAUAUUAUAAAAAGUCUUAUGGGAAAGAACUUCGACAAGUCACAACUUAUUCGUCAAUGGCGAAAAUCUGGCUUAAUGGGAAAUCUUAAGGUUUCCCAGCUUACUCUCGACUGGUUCUAUGACGAGAAUAUGGUACCGUUGGCCAAAGUGAAGUCCGAUAGAAUUCACUUCAUUGAUCUUGGGCCCCCUCAAAAGAAAAUAGAAUGCUACUUAACUCUAGAUAGCAACGUUCGAACAUCUAAGUUGUCAGACAACAGCGACCUUGGUUGGUCCGAAACUGAUGAGGUAAGCUCUGACGUCUUCCCCCAUUCUAUUUUGGAAAUUCGUUAUGAUUCGCCAUUAAAAUCCUUUUCCAAAAGUGUGCAAUUGUUGAUCGAUUCACACUUGGUGUAUCGUGUGGACAAUUUAGGCUUCUCCCUGAAUAACUACUUGUUUGCUAAAUAUUAUGCCAGCUAUGUACCGGACAACAUUAUGCUGGAAUUUGUCGCCCCUUGGUAUGAAGAGCUUCAAAAUAAGGACAUUCGAAAGCUUCCCUCGCUCCAUCGACAGGAAUCUGGCUCCAAUAACAUGAAUUCUGGAAUUCUACUCAAUAAAAAUGAAGUGCAACCCCAGCGAUCUCAUACGCAGGGAUACUGGAACGAGUUUGAUUAUGGCUCUGACCUCGAGGAUGAUGAUGCUGGUUUCUACGUCUACGAGGACGGUAACAAUGCUGAUGGCAGAUCCUUCGGUGGUGGUGAUGCCAACCUGUUUGGGUUUAACUUCCUCACUCCUGAAAAGGUUGAAGCCAUUCUUGGAUUUGCAAAUAAAGUUUCAAAUGCAUUUGGUCGACUUAAUUUUCUUGCAUCCAAAGAUGAUGCUGCAGAUCCGGAAAAUCGGCCUUUGAUGUCUCGAUAUCAAGGUGAAGGUCAUUCACACAAUUAUUCUUACAGUGGAAGCUCUAGUCGGAUAUCUUCCAGUCCUGAAUCAGACUCAGAGGCCGAGUUCUGCUUUUCAACAAAAGAAAGAGAACGCCAAAAGCAUCGCUCGAUUAUUGAAGAGGCUGCUGGAAUAAGUGCUGGAAUGGCUACCUCGAGUCAGUUUAGGCCUAAUGAAUUAGCUCGCCAAGUCAUACACGACAAAGUCUUAACAUGUUUAUAUUUCAGCCUCGUUCUUAUCUCUUACCUCAUAGAUGGUGCAGGUAUUGGCAUAGUAUUUUCUGUCAUUCGAAAUACUUUAAAAAAUCCGGAUGUGAUUGGCGGCAAUAGUGUUCUGAUUGGCACCAUUUCGUUGUAUGGUCCACCUUCUUCUUAA